ACCUGCUCUGCUGCUCUUAUCCGGCAACGACUCCAUCCCAACAUCUCAGCCUCUCCAGCCGUUCCAUCAUCAGAAUACUCACAACCACGUGUAUUGUUAUCUGAUUGCUCACUGAGCAACACCGCAUCCGGCGUGCAGCGUUAUGUUAUUCUCUUUGUCCAUCAUGUCGCAGGGGCCACGCCCGUCUGAAGUGUGCAGCAUACAGGUGCCGGCGACGACUUGGUCUUUGUUUGCUUGCUACAUGUUUGUGUGUUGAUAACUAUAACUACCUCCAGGCGACAUGGCUUUCCCCAGUCUCGUCCCCAUCUGCCUCGUCCCUUCUCAGUGUGUUACUCUGCGCCCUGGGAUGCUAUGGACUCCCUCCGGCACACGCGUCGCUCCCGUCGCUAUGGGUCUGCGCCGCCUGACCUCCCCCCACGCUCUGGCCGUCGACGCGAUGCACCGCUGCCAGCCCUCGUGCCGCCUCCACCGCCUGCGAUAGAAGAAGUCGGGGUCAUCCCGCCAGACGAGCCCGUGACGCUGGGCAAUGUUGUCACCGCGGUGGCGGGCAUGUUGGCUGAGCAUGUCUGGUACGGCAUCCGCGACACGCACGACGAUAUCGUCGACUGGACGCGACACGCCGCGCUCGACUCGCUCGACUCGAUGAGACAUGCGCUUGAACGAAGCCGACAGCGGCUCUUUCACCUGCUGGGCAACGCGGCUAUCUGGGUUGAGCGUGACGGAGUGCAUACACUGCUGGCUGUUGCUGCGUGGGUCUGGCGCCAAAUACUCGACACGCUGACCGUGACGGCAUCUUGGCUGCGCUUCUUCGCCCACAGCAUGGCCAUGCUCAUUGGCUUUGCGGCUAUCGUUGGAUAUGGCUGUUCACAAUACCUCCACUUCCAAUCCUAUACGCCACGCUUCUACGACGACUUUGCGCCAGCCUGCCCGCCCACAUUCCUGUACUAUCCACAAUACGCCGCCGCCCUCAACGUCCCCAUCCUCUCGCCAUCCCUCGACAGCCUCACCGUUAAUGGCCGCAACGUCAACUCGGCAUACAAGAAGCAGCUCGUCUGCUACGGACCGCGAAAAUGGAGGCGUCACACACAGCUCGACGAGGCAAACACCACAGACAUCCACACGCUGCUGCUCGACAGCCACGGGAAGCUGCAGCUUGGCAAAUCAUACCCCAAGUUUAUCAUGGACAACGUCAAGGUCGACCUUGUCCCGCUGCACACCAGUCCCAUCUGGAAAGCCACUGUCCAGACGAAGCAUACGCCCAACGCGAGAAGGAGUUUCCAGGACUGCAACGUGUGUAGCCUGCAGGAGGCAUUGCACAAGGCGGCAUGGCAUUUGUUCGUCCCCGCCAACUUCUGGCCGCGUCUCCCGUCCACGCUCGAUGAGGUCGAGGCUACAGACUGGUGCCCGUGCACCAUCAGUGCGGCUCUGGCGCCCUUUACCUUCAUCUUUGACUUCUCCACCCGGACCUGGCGCGAUGACCGUCUCCCGCCGCUAGGGAUGCACGCCAUCUGGUUCGACGAUGCAGCAUGGGAUGUCCCACCUCCAACAUCACUCUCGCCAUCUAACAUGCUCUCCAACUUCCUCUACGUACGCUUCCUCGCCCGACUCCGCGCUCACGGCAAGGCAGGAUACAGAUCUCCGUACCCAGCCAGAAAAGCCAUGGCCUGCGCUGAUCAACGUAACGAGGUUCUUUUGGGUCGCAUGACUUUGUCCGACUUUUUCCAUGUCGAUGGCUGCAUGGACUUAGAAGAGAGGGAUUAUCUGAGGGUGCAGCGCUGGAAGGUGUUGAGAGGGGUGGACAAGGUGUGGCUCGACUUGUUCGACUUGAAGGUUGACUCGUUGGAUUUGACAUAAUGAUAUGGGUGAGUUGAGAUGAGUAUGAGUUUGCGGAGCUUGGGAUGAAUCUUGGGAUUAUGAUUUGAAAUGAAUAUGGGC